UGAAGAAAAGCAGCAACAGCAGAGGGGAGCAAGGGGAACAGCCGAAUCAGGGGACGAUCGGCUGGAGUUGGUGGUCGCGGAUCAGGCCGGCAAGGGCAGCUGGCACGGCAGAAGGCCGGGCGCCCGCGGAGGAGGACUCUCGAAAGGAGGAGACAGAACAGGAGAGCUACAGAGGGAGAGAUUGGAAGAGCUCGAGAGAGUUUGAAGCGAGUGAGAGGGAGAGAACCAGAUAGUGAGGGAGCUCAAGAGGGUGGUCAACUGUCGCCAAAGUCCGUUAGUCAAGCGCCGUCCUUACAGUUCUUCCCCCGAACCAGGCCAUGGCAUUCGCCUUUUGUCCCUACAGCGUUUCUACAUAUUUGCACGAGGAGCGAUAUGAACCCGAAUCGCAUUGCAGAAUCCUCUCGGAUUGUCAGACUGCAGUCGAGCGCUUCCCCAGCCUUUGAGGCGGUCGAAUCGUCGAUCGGAGGCCUCGUCAGAAGCUGGAACCGGAGGCGGAAAUGGCAGCUCUUCUUCGGCUUUGGAGAAUCACGUGACAGGAACGCCACAAGCGGAAGCAUCCCGACAUGGCGGACCCGCGUGGGGAAAUUCCUAGACUCCGACUUAGCCCACAGCUUUUCCAUUUUGUUGCUCCUGGCGGACACGAUCAUAACCUCCUAUGAGCUCUCUUCUUCUUUAACCAACGCGUGCCCGAAAACCCGGACGGAGGGACGAGAGCCUUGGUACCACUGGGUGGGCAUAGCGAUCUUGAGCCUCCUCUCUGCCAAGACAUUGGCUCUCGCCGCUGCACUGGGGGGUUCAUUCUUCCGGCGACCUGGCUAUGUCGUCGACGGUGUGGUGGCCAUCGGGGCCUUGUUCUUGGAAGCAUUUUUGAAGAAGAAGGGCAGCGGACUGAUCGUGGUGGUGAGCCUGUGGCGGAUCUUGCGGGUUGUCGAAGGCGCGUUUGAGCUGAGUGAUGAGGCCAUCGAGGCGCAGGUUGAGAGCAUCUUGAACGAGUUCGAGUCCCUCCGGCAAGAGAAUCGGAGGCUGCGAGAGGUGGUGGAUCAGAUGAACGAGAGGAUAGAGCAGCUAGAAGACGAUCUGGCGCAAUGCGGGCGUGCACGUAACCAAGGCAAAGUGAGAGAUGACGAAUGACAGGAAAUUGAAGAUUUUAGGAAUGACAAUAUUGCUUUAUUAAAUAACUUAAUUUGUAGAGUUGCAAUUGUAAAAUCAUGUAAUUUGUAGAGUUGCUAUUAUAAAAUCAUGCUGAAUGCCAGUGAUUGGUUAAUGCUA